UUCUUCAUUAUAGUCCCUACGCUCGUAGGAAGUAGAUGGUUGGUGGUUAUCGAACGGUCAAUUUUCUACGCAGCGCGGUCGAGAGGAAAAAAAAACGACCGCGUACGGGCGCAAUUUGGUUCUCUCGGGCCCUCGAAUAGUUUUUACCCAAUUACCGGGGACGGGUGCGAAUUACACGUAUUUACCCGCGUCAAAUUGGUCGUCGCGCGCGCCGCGCUCUCUCUCUCCCGUUCCCUCUCACUCGCGCUCGAUCCGUUUAAAGUUAUUAAACAUUAUUAUCGCGGUUUUUUGGAUUAAACGCGUAUUUUCCGUUUGGUGCGCGUGCCCCCCCGCCGAAUUAAUUAUUUUUGGUGACCAGUGAACAGUGCGGCCGACACGAUUUUCUUCAAAACGCCCCCCAGUUUCGUCAAGGUGGAAAACAAACCGUUCACGACGUUAAACUUCACCGAUUUGGGGUCCCCGUUCGGGGGACCCAACGAGGAGCCGCCGGGUACGCCGACGAUGUCGGCCGAGGGGCACAUAGGGCCGCCGACGCCCCACGAUUCGACCAACUCGACGCCUGUAUCGAAAAGCGCGUUUAUCGAGCUCCAGCAGCACGGCUACGGACCGCUGAGAACAUCGUAUCAGCACCAUUUUAAUGCCCCGGGAGGUAAUGGGCACGGGGGCCCGACGGCCCCCCACGACGCUGGUUUUCCUAGCCCGAGGGGCGCGUUGGGCGCUUACCCUUUUCCGCCUAUGCACCAAAACUCGUAUACGGGAUACCAUCUGGGAUCGUACGCCGCCAAUUGUCCGCCGUCGCCUAAAGACGAUGACAAGUGCUUGUCGCUGGAGAGGCCGUCGGGGGGCGGCAAGGGCAAGAAGAUGAGGAAACCGCGCACAAUCUACUCGAGCCUGCAGCUCCAACAGUUGAACCGGCGGUUCCAAAGGACGCAGUACCUCGCUCUGCCCGAGAGGGCGGAACUUGCCGCCAGCCUAGGGUUGACCCAGACGCAGGUGAAGAUUUGGUUUCAAAAUCGUCGUAGUAAAUACAAAAAGAUGAUGAAAGCAGCCCAGGUGACGGGUGGCACGAACAACAACGGUACCUCUGGAUCGCAUUCGGGCCUGCUUGGAGGAAACGGGAAUAUAUCCUCCACCAGUCCGGGACCUCAAGGUCAAAAUAUGAUGCAAGGUACGAUAAAACUUGAAGGUGGAGGCGGUUCGUCAAGCGGGUCCCCAGCCACCGGCGGGUACAUGCAGCACUCGAGCCCCGCUCCCAGUUCCACCCCCGGCUCGGACAUGUCCGGGCAGCCCGCCCCCAGUCCGAGCGGUUGGGACGUCAAGCCACAACAACCGAUCCACCCGCCACCUCAUCCCGCGCCCCACCCCCACCCACCGCCACAUAACUACCUCCCGCAGUACUCGUGGUACCCCACGGACAAUCCUAGCCUUUUAACGGUGUGGCCGGCAGUUUAAUAUACGGACCCAUUUAGAGGCGAACCUACCCUCAUCCCCAAACGUGAUUAGUUACUAAUUAUUAGAAAUUGAAAAGCGAAACUCUAUUGACAAAGAAAGAAAAACUGCGACCAGUGAUUCGGUGGACGAUAUGUUAUUUUUAUUGUUGUUAUUUUUAAAUAGGUUUGUUUGUUUUUUUUUAUGUGUUGAAAGAUUCCAUUCCUUUGUACAAUUUCGGUUAGAUCUCAGACGGUGCGAAAAGUCGCGAACGCGUUUUCGGUGGUCCCGCCGAUGAGGGCCGGAAAGGUCGAAACUGCGUCCACCGAAGAAGUGUUCUGAGCGGUUCUCUUCUAAUCGUAAUGAAUCUGGUGCAAUAUAGUAACGGUUAGCGGUGUGAGUAACUUGUAAAACAUUUCGAUUUGUACAUUCCGUGGCGAAAACUCAAAUUUUAGUUUUUUUUUUCAAAAAUUUCGUUUCAACUACUACCGAGUUGAGUUGAGUUAUUUGUCUAUAAAUAUAUGCGCGGUAACCUACUGUCAGGAUAAAUGACGAUCUGGAAUUUGGCGUUGCCUGUAUUUUUGCCGAAAAGUUAAAUUGAACUAGUUGGAUAGAUAUAUCGCCAAUAGUACGACCUAAUUUCAAGUCUAUGUUAAAAUUUUGCGUAUUGCGUGAUUUUUUGUUUUUCGCUUUACCUUUAGACUUAAUGAGUGUCCUUAAGUUGACAAAUUGAAUUUAAAAGUUUGCGUUUUUUAGUCGUCUUUUUAUGACCGCACAUUUUAGUUUUUCUACAUUUUUAUUACUAAUUUUCCCUUAUUCUAAAUUCUCGUAGUUCGAUAUUUUAUUUUUCGCUUUACCUUGAUCGCUGUUCUCAAUUUCACAUGUUUUGGAUUUUGGAGUGUCCGUAAAUUGAUAAAUUGAAUUUAAGAGUUUGCGCAGCAUUCGUUACUCUGUAAUGACCAUAUGCAACUUCAUUUUUUCUGAAUUUUCAUUGCAAAAUUUUCUUACUUUAAAAAUGUUAAAAUUAGUUUCAGUUGUGAAAUAUUUUUUUAUUUUUGAAUAAAUUUUGUUUGAAAUAUAGCUAAAUAAAGCAAUAAUAAUAUAACAAUUUUGAAUGGUUUUAUAGCGUCUAUAAAUUAUUAAUAAAUGUAGCGUGUUGCGACUUUCGUGAACCAAGGCUCCUUUGCAGAGUUUUUUUGAAAAUGUUCUUUAGACACCCUUCGUAGUUCGGUUAUGCGAUAACUGAAAGUAUGGUUGGUUCAGUGACGUAAUCAGUUCUCCUCUGAAACUCACAAAUUUUGAUAUAUCAAGUAAUUUUUUUUUUUCAAUGUAACAGCAUCUUUACAUAAUAUUAUUAGUCUUGUUAUGAACUUUUCUAUAAUAUGUAACACGAGGCAUUUCAAAUAGAAAGCACAUAUUUUUAAUUUUAAUUAUUUUUAUGAUUUGGCAAUUCAAAAAAGGUGUCCAUUUCCCUAAAAUAUAUAUACUCAUGAAAUUUCGUAACUACACUAUCUAAACUUAUUUUGACUGGUAACUAAGUUUUUAUAAUAAGUUAUGAAACUUAUAUAAAACAUCUGUAUUUUAUAUUCAUGAGAAACAUUAAUUAAUUAAAGAAUUAGAAUUAGAAUAUAUGCUUUAUACUUAAGAUAGCCUUUAAGUGUAUUUUUUGAAAAGGUAAUAGCAAUUCAAAUGAAAUUAUAUAUAUUAUUAAAGUCAUUCAUGACCGUUCUCAUAUAAAAACACAAGUUAGCCUAUAUACAAAUGUGAAAUAGAUAUAAACAACAUCAAAAUUCUCAAUCAAAAUGUUAUAAAAUUCAAGACUGUGACAUUUCUGUUUGGGUCAACCCUUUUAUGAAAAAGUAGCCAUGAGUCACGAAAGCAGCAACAGGUUAGUUUUAUUAACAAUAGAGGAACGCCCAGCAGAAAUAGGAAAUACAGCACUUUUUGGCGUUUAUUAACGUACACUUAAGAUAAGUCUGGGGAGCAUGGGGACCAGCAACAACCAUCGCCGAAAAGUUGAAACAGGUCGAGAAACACAUUCCAUUUAAGCUUUCGCCACCAAGAGAGGUUAGUAAUUUCAUACCCCAGAAAACAGCGACACUUGACUAACAUUGAAGUCCGGCAUUGAAAAGUACACAAUUGUUGCUUCAUUUAGACGUAAUGAAAACAAAAAUUAAAGGAAUAGGAAAAUAUUUGGUUGUUGAAAAAUAUCCAUUUCCUCUGCGCCACUUUGUAUAAUAAUGUGGUUGGAGAUCCACGUGAUUAAUAUUUAAGCAACAAUAUAAAAAUAAAGCUGCCUUCAUAGUAUCUUUAAUGGUAAAUCAAAUACCAGUUUCGGAGAAAAGCCGAAAGUUGACUCACAAAGUCUCUCCACAAUUUUGGACUAAAAUUAUUUUUACACCAUUUUCGAAAUCAACAAAAUCAUUAUUUAUAUUUUGGAUAUUGAUGAAAUGGAUAUUUCAGCCUAACAGUAAAACUAAAUCUUAAUCCAAAACGCCGCUUAAAUGAUGAGGUAUAGAGGCUGCAAAAAUUAAUAAGGACUGCUGAAACAAUUAUUUAAUUGGGAAAAAGUCUUGGUGAAUUGCAUAGUAGAUAAAAAAUAAGUCGUAGGCCGUUUUUAAUAAAAAGACUGUGAGAAAAGUUAAAUACUUGCAUAGAAAUUUUCCGAAAAUUUGAAUUUAGGUUCAGCUUUGGUACAUCGAGACUGUUCACAAAAAAAUGGAAUGAAGAAAGACAAUGAUUUUAAUAUUCAAUAUUCGACGUUGCAUCUGGUGAACUUGUUCGAAGCCGAUUAGUGUUGAAAAAAUGCGACAGAACGAUCGAACCGUUGAUGGGUACUGGAGAACGCCCCGUACCAUUCGUCGUUAUCGUAUUACAACGUUUCUGUCGUCUUGCCUUCGCUGGUUCUUUGGCUAUUUAGAUGUAUUUGUUUCGCAAAACUCAUUUUUUGUUUUAUUUUUUAAAAAAUUGACGUUUCUACUUCCAUCGUGCUGGAACGCACGCGCGCAGUUCGCUGUUUACUAAUGCCUUUCAGUAGCUGAGAUUGCGACGAAUAAUAAUAACUAAUAGUUAUAAAAUAUUUGCGUUUUUAACAGGUGCAUUUUUUAAUACAGACGCAUUUUUCCUUUACUAAGAAAAAAAGAGUGCUUGUUUAGAAGCUGUUGGCGGCUGUUUGGAACUUUACAUAAGGCGUUGGUAGUUGAAAAUCUUUAGAAUUAAAAGCAAAUAAUUACAACUGUCUAAUUUAGCACGUUAUUCCCACACACAGUUUGAUGAAAAUUAAAAAAUUUUAAGCUUCAAAAUAAUUCAUAUUCAAAAUCUGUAAAUCAGAAGUCCCAAAAUACAAGAUAUGAAAUGUAGGACAAUAUUCUAGGCAUAGCACUCCCGAAAACCUGAUAAUCUGGACAAAUAAAUUGAAAAAAAUUAAAAACAAAAUUGUGAAAAGUCUGAAUUAUCUUCAAACCUGACUGGUAAUUAUGUGAAUAUUUUGAUUAUAAUGAAACGCUUCGAUUUUACCACAAUCAGUGAUUAUUAGAGUCGCAAUUUUCGUUACUUAGAAACAAGCGAACUGCACACUCGUUACGCCAUCAUGGCAUUAGUAUCGACAAUUUUUUGAAGACUUCUCCAAAUCUGAGCAUGGCGACACGCAAAUGUCUAUGAAAAUUCUUUUUUCCGUUUAAACCUCCCCAUCUCAAUCAAGUGACAUUCAAUUACGAUCGCGUAGUUUCAUUUUUAUUUUAUGAAGAGUAUAUUAUUUCCAUUUUAAAAGAUUAUGCCGAACGAAUGUCGUCUGAAAUUUUCAAACCAUUGCAUUUUAUUAAUACUGUUACAGUAAAAACACAAAACCCGAAUAAAACAGUAAAACUGAGAUAAUCAUAAUUUCAUAAAAAAAUUUUCUGACUCCAGUCUGGGCUUGCAAUAUAUCUUCAGGAAAGGUUAGAUCGUAAUUGAUGCCACCGACGGGUUUAGGAUGGAAAGGAAUUCCCCCAAAGUCCACGUUCGGCAGAAAAAAAUGGCGGGUUGGGUUUUCCACGCUCACCAUCGGAUAUUGAGUUGUUUUUUCGUAUUUUUUAACACACAUCGGCGUAAUAGCGCAACCGGUCGGAUGCACUGCGGAUCGGAAAACUGAAAAUAAUGCAGAAAAAUGUUUUUCUAAUUUCAAUUUCAAAUAUCAAUGAAACGUUUUUUUGUUGGGAUUGUUUUGGCAGCACUUAAAUAAUUCAAGAAUUUUUGUUUUUUAAGAGUCUGGAAGAAAAAUAUAGUAAUCUAGUAGUAGAAGAUGCGAUUUUUUAAGUUUAUCGCCACCAGCUUCUACACAAGCCCUUCUAUAAUCACGAUAAAGGGAAACGCGUCCUAUACAAUAAAAUCUCCGAGCCCCGUAGACCUAGUGUAUUGGUAAAAAAUAUUUUAAUUUUACCGGAACAAUUCUUCCCAUUAAUAAAUUCACGAUGUUUCGACCUUCGGCACGACCUUCAAGGUCGAUUUUCUGCGUCGGAAAUUAUCCGGCUAUUACAAAAGUGCAUCCUCCAUUCCGAGAAUUUUUGAAUAGUCAACAGAGCAUUUUUGUAUUCAUAAUCUUAGUUUUAUGCGUUCAAGUCAUUUUCGAGUUAAUUCUAUGCGAAGCAAAUCACUUUAAAUAUAGCUUUAAUGAGUAAUACCUGGUGUCGGCUGUCCGAAAUCGGUGUUUGAUACUUCAUUGUCAAAAAUCUAUGAAAUUGCACAAGAUGAUAAUUAACUAUGUCGUCUAACUCUGAGGACUGACUUCUUGGUUAAUUUUUUAUAGACAAUAAAGUUCAUACUGUUAUGGGUUCCGCUAUACUUUAUUUUUUGAAAUACGAGACGAUAAUUUUGCUUUUUCUAAAUAAUAUUUGAGUUAAUAUUUAUGUAUGGAUCGGAAAUGUAUGUAGUUUGGGUUGGUUUGGUUAAUUAGUAGUACUCACAUGAUCCUAAUAAGGAAAAGGAAAAAAUCGACUUUUGACAAGACCAAGAGGCUUGAAGAAUCAUUCCAGUUCGAAUUUCUCAUCAAAAAUCCUCAAAUCCUAAUUUUCAUCUAAAUACCAAUAUUACUGCCUCUAAACUUAUUCAUGGAAUGAUCUCUUAAAGUUAAAUUACAUUCUUAAUUAACACUGAAUUAUAUAACCAGAAGUAGUCUUAAUAUCUACAACAAGCAUUGUAACAAUGCAACAUUAAUCAAGCCAGACUGACGUUAGUAGUCGUUUGAUGAUUUUCCCAUUGUCUCUGGCCAGAAUAUCCAAAGGCACAAGUUUUGGCAUCGAGUUAAAUCGAAAUGUUCACGAAAAAUCAAGGUAAAUUCUCAAUAAAUCGAGACUCAAUAAAAUAAGUCAGUGGGUGUUCAAGACUUAUUUGUAGAGUUCCUUUGGAAAGAACUACUGAAACCUUUGGGCUUAUGCCGAUUAAGUCUGUACAGGUAAGUGCUUCUAUAAGCUUUCGAGUACCUAGUUCAGUUGCUUACCGAAUUGUCAACUCAACUGCAAUGGCCUGUGCAGACUAGAAAGGAUGCAUUUAUAAUCUGCCUAUUUGGAUACUUUUCCUCCAAAUUUAACUUUACUCAAUGGUGUCAUCGUAAUACUACUCUCUACAUUCUGUCACUUCAAAAUCGAAUUACAUCACAUUAUAUAAGUUAGAUGAUGUAAGUACGAAAAUUUCAUUUAAUUUAAAAACAUUUUCAAGAAAAUAUUUGUUGUAUUAUUAAUUUUUUUUCCCUUCAGUUCGUCUGCGUUUCUGGUGAUUCGUAAACAAUGAACACUAAGAAAUUCAAUACAUAUGCAAAUUGUAUUACGUAUCAGGUAUUGUAUUGUCUUUAAAUGACUGUUUCAGUUAGCCUGCAAAUUGUUUUAUUUUCCAGAGAGUCUUAGUUUAGUUGCCAUAUUCGGGCAUAUAAUAAUAAAACAAAAUAAAGCAGCAUGAUAUAUGUAUUUUUUUUCUUUUUAAUAAUAAGUAUCUACGGCAUUGCCAAAAAUUCCAAGUCGUCCCGUUUUCUAUACAGUUUAACACAUCACCGUCGUCAAGUAUAUCGUAAUUUAUUGAUUGUUGGUACGUAUUUGUUAACUUUUAUGUGUAAAAUGCUCGUGUACAGGUAGAUUCGACGGUAAUGGAAUAAUGAAUUCGUAAAAAAUGGACUCGUCGCCCCAAGGUCGUUGAGUUUUGUAAAUUGUUUUUUUUUCUAGCGAUUGCUGUAAUAUAUAGUUAUUAUUAUUAGUUAAUUAAUGGAUUAUGUGUGAUGCGAGCGAUGCAGUAUUUCGGGUGAAUGUAAGACAGUCAAUAAUGUACCUUAUUGUAAAGUAGAUUUGUGAAGGCGCUGUCUUAAAAACUAUAAGAAAAAAAUUAUUGUAAUUAUUGAAGGAAAAAGAUUAUUUCUAAAUGU